AUGUCGCUCCGCGCCGCGCCCUCGACGGGCUUCCUCCAGUCUUUCCUCGCCGUCGCCUCAGCAUCUCUCCGUCCUGCCGGUCCCUCAAGGAGCUUCCNNCUCCCCCUCGGCGCUCGGUUAUGGCCCGCCCCUCUACUUCCCUCGAUCGUCAUUCCAAUUCCUAGCCUAGUCUCGGAUAUCUGGGAGUCAAUCCUCAAGGCUGUACCAAAGAAGAAGACGUCACACAUGAAGAAGCGUCACCGACAGAUGGCCGGCAAGGGUCUCAAGGAUGUCACUUCGCUCAACAAGUGCUCUGGCUGUGGAAGAGUCAAGCGCGCACAUUACCUGUGCCCCCACUGUGUCAUGAACAUCAAGAAGUGGUUCAGCAACGACUUUGGUCCCAAGAGAGAAAAGCCCGAGUGGACUGAGUGGGAGAAGCAGGAGUACAAGAAGAAGUUGGACCGAAGAGGUUACAAAUACGACGAGAGCGAGUUCGAAAAGCCCACGGCUGAGCCGUCGGCUGACAUUGUCGAAAAGAAGGAAGGAAGACGACCCGGCGGCGAGAAUGUCGCGCGUGGCAUGAAUCGACUGUAUUACUACUACUAUUCUUGUUCGAAACAAUAUCUCCAGACGCACAGCAUCCCAGACGCCUCGCCCGCCGACAUCUACAGCGUCGCAACCACUCCCACCCAUCUCAUCACUGCCUCUGGCUCCUCCUCACUACACGUCUACUCGACCGCACCCACCAACGACGAGAACAAUCCUUACCCUCUUGUCCAGACCCUGCAAGAUGCGCACAAGCUCGGCACCCACCACAUCGCCGUCAGCGCCAAUGGCAAGACCGCCGCAUCAGCUGGCUUUGGUGGUGAAGUGAAGGUCUGGUCCAUAGACGACGAGUCCUCGAAAUGGGCACUCAAGGGUUCAAUUGUAGACGACUCAAAAACAGCACAGGCAAAGAACGCAGGCGAGACUUGGGCCGUCGCCCUGAGCGAAGACGGCCAAUUCCUCGCCGCCACAACCNUUGACGGCCGCAUCAACGUCUGGGACCUCAACACCCUGACCGCAGACUCGGCCACAAAACUGCGCGAGUACGAGACAAAGGGCAGUUUCGGCAUGAGCGUUGCCCUGUCCGCUGAUGGCGAAUUCACUGCCUCGGGACAUGCAAAUGGAGCUGUGUAUCUCUUCAACAACACCACUGGUAGACUGGCUCACUCGCUGCAAGGUCUGGUCAAGCCCGUGAGGACGGUGGCUUUUUCGCCGGCGAGCAAGUUCUUGGCUGCAGGCGGUGAUGCAAAGAUUAUUGCUUUGUAUGAUGUCAAGAAUGGUGAGCAGGUGGCCAAUCUCACUGGCUCGCAGAGCUGGGUCAUGAGUCUGGAUUGGAGUACUUCGGGUGAGNAACCUGUUGAGCGGGUCUGGAGUGUCGAGCGCCGCGACUGUGUCGCUACUCAGACCGAGUCGGACAAGACGCUCUGGGCCGUAAAGUGGCUCCCCAAGACGCCCAUGACGAGAAACGAGACCUUUGUCACAGUCGGCGCAAACAGAAGCAUUAGUUUCUACCGCGAGGCCAGCGGUGGUUGA